AUGCGCCAUCUUCUGGCCGAACACCGCCUCAGCCUUGAAACCAAACUCCUGGAGCUACAAGAAGGGCAACGGUACAUCACAGAGCUGUUGACCGUGAACCUCAACGGCGACUCAAGCGCCCGAACGGGCAAGAUCCACAAGGUCGUGUCCUGGGAGACAUCUGGCGACAAGGACUCUGAUGUGGCUCCACCUGAAACGGCCACGGUCGAAGACACCGAGCUGACGGAGGGCCGCAACAAGCAUGCUUGUAAUUCGGUGCUGGAACACUCCGAUGGUUCGCUUCACGAACCUUCCAUGGCUCUGAGAGUGAAGCCAAAGCCGAAGCGUGCCAGCUCGCUGCAAGGGAACGACUUCGCCCUGCGAGAGGUUUGGGCCAAGCACUACUCCAAAUUCAGCAACAAGGAGAAAGUUCCUUUCUCGGGACAGACCUCCGAGACAAUGGGUUCUCAUACCAUCAAAUUAGCAUUGUCGCCAUCGAUGGAAAAUGUGAACAAGGCUAAAAACUCCAAGGGCCUGAUCGCCUACCCAGCCAGCAAGCACCGUGUUGCUUGGGAUCUCUUUGGCGGCCUGCUCAUUUUGUAUGACCUCUUCAUGAUUCCUUUGAAGGUCUUCGAGUAUCCGGAUACGCUUUUCACAGAUGCUAUGGAUUGGAUGACGCUUCUCUUUUGGACCCUCAACGUCGCGGCGACCCUCACUGUGGGCUUUACUCGACGCGGAGAAACGGUGAUGGCACCGCGCGAAAUUUUCAAGAAUUACUUGAGAACGUGGUGUAUAGUCGACGUCAUCACGCUGGUCCCAGACUGGGCAUUCACGCUGGUGCGGAUAGCCACACCCAAUUUGGAAGAUGCGAGCAGCGGUGGCCUUGGAGAGGAAGGGGUCCGCCUUCUGCGAAUCCUUCGUUUGGCCCGAACCGCGCGGCUUUUGCGGCUGCUGAAGCUGCAGAAGGUGAUGGAGAAAAUCAGCGACUAUCUGGACUCAGAGGUUGCCAGUAUAAUGGCCAACAUCGCAAAGAUGAUUCUUCUGUUGCUGGCGCUGAAUCAUUUGAUUGCUUGUGUAUGGUACGCCCUUUCCAUCGCUUUCCAUGAUGCCGGUGUCCCUGCUUGGGUCGACAGCGGAAUGUUGACUGAACCAUGGGACAUCCGCUAUGUGACCAGCUUCCAUUGGUCCAUCACGCAAUUUACGCCGGCCUCAAAGCCUCAGAUCCAUCCUGCAAACAUUGUCGAACAGACAUUUGCUAUCUUUGUGGUGGUCUUCGCUCUCGUCGGCUUCUCCUAUGUCGUCGGAAGCAUCUUAGGGUCGCUGGCACAGCUGCGGAGCAUGACGGAGCAGUCAGCCAAGGACUUCUGGAUGAUGCGGCGAUUUCUUCGGAGGAACCAGGUCCCCAUGGAGCUUGCAUCACGAAUCCAGCGCUUCGUGGAGCAUGCGCACUCCCAGCAGCAGAAGAAGAUGUCAAUCCAGGAAGUGAAGGUACUGUCACUGUUGUCAGGAGGUCUGAUGGAGGAGUUGCAGUGCGCCAUGAACAUGCCGCACAUGAUGCUCCACCCCUUGUUCGCCUUCUUGAACAACUUCUCUGUCAUAACAGUGCAGCGAUUGGCCAAAGAGGCUGUACAACGCUUCCAGCUCGCGCGAGGGGACACGCAGUUUCUUCCGAACCAGGAAGGCAGCUACCUUUACUUCAUCGCUUCCGGCAGGAUGCAAUACGUGAGGGAUGCUGACACCCCAAACGAGCGCGUGGAAGUUGUGGACAAGGGAGAGGACUGGAUUGGCGAGCCGGUUAUUUGGACUCCAUUCUGGAUCCAUGUGGGCCAACUGACUGCUGUCUCAGAGUGCGAUCUCUGCGCUGUGGCUCCUAAAGCCUUUGGCGAUAUCGUGGCGCUCGUAAGGCCAGUCGCUGCAAUCGUCGCGCGUUAUUCUCAAAAGUUUAUGCUUUG